AUGGUGUCCAGCUGGGAUGAAGGUGUGGUCAAGAAUGAAGUUGAGACACUCCCGCAAAUCUUCUGGGCUGCACACGAAGACUUCGACUUUGUCGGACCAACAAGCUCUUUCGACGAAUGCAUUGACGCAGUUGUAGCAUCCAGCAAACAUCCGUUCUUCAUCAACGACUCAAGGGACAACCCCACUGCCGGCAGAAGUGGCCGAGUACAUGCCAUCAAGCACGGUGACAGAGAUGCCGGGAUCGAGGUUGUACUGCAGGUCGGCAGCAUCCUUGCCAUCCUCACCCAGAUGCGAAAGCCGUAUCAUCACGAGCUCGAUUUCACUGAUCUCAACCUGAAGCCUCGCGAGGCAGACAUCGUGAUUGUCAAGAUUGUUUACCUGGAACCGGAACUGCAGGACAUGGCGGCUGAUUUGGGGCUUGCACUAACUCCAGGAGGAGUUGACCAAGAUCUGAAGAGGCUAGGCCAUCAUCGGAUCCGCAGACCAAUGUCCCCUUUUGAUGAGUUCCAUGGAACCCGGAUCUAA